CUGACCACCAAGCCAUGUGGCGCUGCGGCGGGAGACAGAGUCUUGGGGUGCUACGGCGGCUGAACGGAGGCAGUGCACAACCCAGAAUAUGGAGGGAGAAGAGCAUCAACGCUUGUGAGAAAGCGCUGCAAUAUAAAGUGGGGGAAAAGAUCCACGGGUUCACCGUAAACCAGGUCACCUCCGUUCCCGAGCUCUUCCUCACUGCCGUGAAGCUCAGCCAUGACACCACGGGAGCCAGAUACCUGCACCUGGCACGGGAAGACACCAACAACCUGUUCAGUGUACAGUUUCGAACAACGCCCAUGGACAGCACCGGUGUCCCGCACAUUCUAGAGCACACGGUCCUGUGUGGGUCUGAGAGGUAUCCAUGUCGAGACCCGUUCUUCAAAAUGCUGAAUAGGUCAUUAUCCACAUUCAUGAACGCCUUUACAGCGAGUGACUAUACCAUGUACCCAUUCUCCACCCAAAACCCCAAGGAUUUUCAGAACCUCCUCUCCGUGUAUUUGGAUGCCACCUUUUUUCCAUGCUUGCGGGAACUGGAUUUCUGGCAAGAAGGAUGGCGACUAGAACACGAGAAUCCGAGUGACCCCCAGACACCCCUGACCUUCAAAGGUGUCGUCUUUAAUGAGAUGAAGGGAGCAUUUACAGAUAAUGAGAGGAUAUUCUCGCAGCACCUUCAGAACAAACUCCUCCCUGACCAUACAUACUCCGUGAUCUCCGGGGGCGAUCCCCUGUGCAUCCCAGAGCUCUCUUGGGAACAACUGAAACAGUUCCAUGCUACUCACUAUCACCCAAGUAACGCCAGGUUCUUCACUUAUGGCAGCUUCCCAUUAGAACAGCAUCUGAAACAAAUUCACGAAGAGGCACUGAGUAGAUUUCAGAAAAUUGAGCCAAGCACCACAGUGCCAGCCCAGAAGCGCUGGGAUAAGCCGAGGGAGUUCCACGUCACAUGUGGCCCCGAUUCCCUUGCCACCAAUGCCGCUAAGCAAACAACAGUCAGCGUCAGCUUCCUCCUACCCGAGAUCACAGAUACCUCUGAAGCCUUCGCGUUGAGUUUCCUGUCUUCCCUCUUGAUUUCUGGGCCCAAUUCCCCCUUCUACAAAGCUUUAAUUGAGUCUGGAUUGGGCACAGACUUUUCCCCCGAUGUUGGUUAUAAUGGCUACACAAAGGAUGCCUACUUCAGCAUCGGCCUCCAAGGAAUUGAGGAGAAAGACAUUCCGACAGUCAGAGACCUUGUGGACAAAACCAUUGAUGAAGUAGUGGAGAAAGGAUUUGAAGAUGACUGCAUUGAAGCUUUGCUUCAUAAAUUGGAAAUACAAAUGAAGCACCAGUCUACCCGCUUCGGUCUCGACCUGACAUCAUACAUAGCGGCAUGCUGGAACCAUGACGGAGAUCCCGUGGAGCUCCUGCAGAUGGGCAAUCAGCUGUCUAAGUUCAGACAGUGUCUCAAGGAAAAUCCCAGAUAUUUGCAAGAAAAAAUGAAGCAGUAUUUUCAGAAUAAUCGGCAUAAACUGACUUUGUCAAUGAAGCCAGAUAAGAAGUAUUAUGAGAAACAGACACAAAUGGAAACAGAAAAACUCCAGCAGAAGGUCAAAUCUCUCUCCCAGGAAGACAAACAAAAGAUCUAUGAGAAAGGUUUAGAGUUGCUCAAUCAGCAGAGUAACCCUACAGACACCUCCUGCCUCCCGGCCUUGAAAGUCUCUGACAUCGAGCCCACCAUGCCGUUCACGGAGCUGGAGGUGGCCACCGCAGCUGGAGAGGUCCCCGUGCAGUACUGCGCCCAGCCCACCAACGGCAUAGUGUACUUCCGGGCUUUCUCCAGCCUGAACACACUUCCCGAGGAGCUGCGGCCGUACGUGCCUCUCUUCUGCAGCGUGCUCACCAAGCUGGGCUGUGGCAUUCUUGACUACAGAAAGCAAGCUCAGCAAAUAGAACUGAAGACCGGAGGCAUGACCGUGUCUCCCCAGGUGCUCUGUGACGACUCACACCUGGACGCCUAUGAGCAGGGUGUUCUCUUUUCAUCUCUCUGCCUGGAUCGAAACCUACCGGACAUGAUGCAUCUAUGGAAUGAAAUAUUUAACAACCCUAACUUCGAAGAAGAAGAACACUUCAAAGUGUUAGUUAAGAUGGCGGCGCAGGAACUCUCCAAUGGAAUCCCGGACUCGGGCCAUCAGUAUGCAUCCGUCCGAGCCAGCAGGACACUCACGCCUGCCGGAGACUUAGAGGAGACCUUCAGCGGGAUGGAUCAGGUGAAGCUGAUGAAGAGAAUCGCAGAGACGUCAGAUAUCAAGCCAGUCCUGAGAAAGCUGCCACGGAUCAAGAAGCAUCUGCUGACUUGUGAUCAUAUGAGAUGCUCCGUGAAUGCCGCCCCUCAGCAGAUGGCUCAGGCAGCAAAGGAGCUGGAAAACUUCCUCCAAAACGUGGGGCGAAGUAAGAAGGAACGGAGGCCUGUGCGCCCCCACGUGGUCGAGAAGCCUGUGCCCGGUGGCUCUGUUGGAAGUUCUCGAGAAAACAGCUCCCCCAUGAUAAGGAAGCUGAUCACGGACCCCACGUUCAAGCCAUGCCAGAUGAAGACCCACUUCCAGCUACCCUUCCCCGUGAAUUACGUCGCUGAAUGUGUCAGGACCGUCCCCUAUACAGACCCAGAUCACGCCAGUCUUAAGAUCCUUGCGAGGUUGAUGACUUCAAAGUUCUUGCACACAGAAAUUCGAGAAAAAGGGGGCGCUUACGGUGGAGGUGCCAAACUCAGCUACAAUGGGAUUUUUACUCUCUACUCCUACAGGGAUCCAAACUCAAUAGAAACACUCCAGUCUUUUGGGAAGGCUGUGGACUGGGCUAAGUCUGGAAAGUUCACACAGCAGGACAUUGAUGAAGCCAAACUGUCUGUGUUCUCCGUGGUGGAUGGGCCUGUUGCUCCUUCUAACAAAGGAAUGAAUCACUUCUUGUUUGGUCUCUCUGAUGAGAUGAAGCAGGCACACAGGGAACAGCUCUUCGCCGUGAGCCACAACCAACUCACAGCCGUGAGCCAGAAGUACCUUGGCGUUGGGAAGAGCACACAUGGGCUGGCCAUUCUUGGACCAGAGAACGCGAAAAUUUCCAAGGAUCCAUCGUGGCUAAUAAGAUAGCGGCCACAAGUAUUUGUGACCCAUCAUGGUUAAUAAGAUAGCAGACCACUCAGGCUGGACUCAAACUCAGGACAUAACACGGUGGUGGGGAAGGGGUGGCUCUUCAGAAUGAAGCCUCUGAGCUUGACAGGUCUCCAUUUCAAAGGACAAAAACAUAACUGCAGCACGAUGUCAUUCUUAAAAUGUGGCCAAAGAUAUCUGUGGACUGGCAAGUUAGACAAGAACUUUUAACGAAGGCAAUAUCAUGACGCUGAAGAAAUUAACUGACAUGAUCACGUCUUAAAUGCCAAAUAUGAAUAAAUUAGCAAUUUAAAACUUUAUAAUCUUAGAACAUUUAUUUUAAAAAUAAAAGACAACUGCUGUA